GGUUGUUGCAAUGCAAGCUAUCUCGUUAUUAGGAGAGAUGGAUCGCCCACGUCGUAAUAAUCAUACGGGAUUUUCAAGUGUUUUACGAUUGAGUCGAACACCUUUUCCAUCGCUCACUAGUUACAUUGUUAUUAGCUUCUGCAUAUCGCUCAUAGCAUUGGCUAAUAUUGUGAGCGUCUUCAAGUCUCAACCUGAGAUCAAAUCACUUCUUCAAGAAGAGAUACUCAACAGUUCAUUGACAUCCACAUAUGAUCCAAAAGAUCUAGAGUAUCUCUCUUCGCUCACAGUAGUGCAAGCCGUCCAGUACAUCAAAGGCAAUAGUCCCCUGAUAUGGGUAUCUAUCAAUACCUACUUUGCUGUUCUUGCUCUUAUUGCAAAGUUUGUUACUAAGUUAACGUUCAAAGAACUUACUCGGCAAGAAGAAAUCGUUGUUCGUCAUGGUUUCUUAUCUUUUCUUAUGUUUAGCAUAGUUUUUCUGUCGGUAGUAGCCGGUGCACACCAGUCGCAUAGAAUUUUACCUUGGUUAGUAUGGUUUGGAAUAAUUGGAUUCAUGACAGUGCUCCAUGACAUUGCGUACCAGCGAUUCAAAUUUGUUUCUACAUCAGCAGGAUCGUCCGGUGGUCGUCUUUCUUGGUUAUGCUUUUCACUCUUUGCUCUUUCUGUCUUCUUGAUAAUGUUGGUCAUCAGAUUUCACGAUCAAAUAAACAUCAGCCACAUGCUUUUCCUUCUUGUAGACGCUACAUUGUCGUUGUUACGCUCCUUACAUGGGCUUUUGCGUUGCCUCUCAUCAUCAGAACGUUUCGCGCGUAGUCCAGAUGCUGUGCGACAUUUUAAUUACUGGCUCGACUUAUCUGUCACUCUUGCCACGGAUACAAUCCAGCUCUUCAACUAUAUCCAUCUCAUGUUUAUGUCACCGCUCGGGUUCAACAUUACUUGCUUCUUUUUCUUCUACCACAUCAAGAAUGCAUACAACUCCAUUGUGAACACUCUUACGCGUCAUCAUAAGCAUAAUCAAAUCUUCUUGCAUAUUCAAUCCACGUAUCCGAAUGAAGUAGCCGAAGAUAGAGAUCUUUGCAUUGUGUGCUGGGAAAAGCUUGGACUAUCUCGUCGCCUUCCCUGUGGUCAUCAAUUCCAUGACUGGUGUCUGAUGUGGUGGUUGGCGCAGGAUGGAUCAUGCCCAACUUGUCGCCGAGCGGUAUCUGCACCACCACCCAUGAACCAACCGCCUCCGCCAUCUCCGGGAUCAACCACCACAUUCCGUUUCGGUGGGGGUUUUGGAUUUUUGCGGCUUCCAUCGUUUUCCAUCGAAUUUUCCACUGGGUCAACUGCCCUCAAUCCUUUUCUGAGGCGUCAAACCCAGCACGAUGAUUCGCAGUUGACAGGAAUGGCUAAUCAGGUAAAUGAGAUGUUUCCGCAAAUACCCGUUGAGACCAUUAUCGAAGAUCUUCGAGUGACUGGAUCAACACAGGCGACUAUAGAGAAUAUACUCGAGGGAAGAGUAGGAUUCAUGGCCGGGAUAAUGGGGAAUGAUGAUGACGAACAUCCUUGGCGGGUCAAUGGCGGAGCGGGAGACAACGAUGAUUUGCUAUUUGAUGACGAUGACGAUAGCAGUGGUGAAGACGCUGCUUCGUCAUCAGAUUCAGCGUUCACACCUUCUCCUCCGCAGCGCUCUGCUUCUGGUGAUCCCACAGGAAGCUCGACGGCUGAAGAAGAUCUUACGCCAUAUCAAAUUGCAAAGAGGGAAAUGAUAGCAUUGCAUAGAAGACGAUAUAUAGAAUCGGAAAAAGGACGAGACCUCCGCGAGAGGGGUUACCAGUAAACUAAAUACGACUACGGGAUUUUUUUAAAUGUUCAUUUUUGUUCAUACAACUGACUUGCUUUCGUCGCUAUUUUUUCAAAAUUUCCCUAUCUGAAAGCAGUUAUAUAUCCUUUGUUGAUUCGGUGUUCGCAUAUUCCUCUUGUGGAGUAGUUCCAUUGUAGAUAAUGUAUAGUGUCUAUUUUGUCCCUGCAUGUUUAGGUAUGCUUUUUUGGAUUCGGUCGUAAAUCAUAAUUUGUCGUAUUAAUACUAUUCUUAAUGAGAUUGUAUGUAUGCCCUUUAGUCUCUAAAGUGACCCUCAAACUCUUGAAGAAGUCAUCGUCCGGUUUUUGCCUGCAAAAAGAAAAUCAGUGAUUCUUACAUGUUUUUCCCUACUCUUGCCGCGCAGGUUCGAAAGCUUUCGAGGUCUGAGUGAAUUAUUUUUAAAGAUUAUCCAUAGACAUUAUCAUUGC